CCACUCCCCGGAAGCGCGGCGAUCCGGUCCCACUCUGGCUGCGUUGGAGGCGGAGAGAAGUUUCCAGCAUUAUGGCAAAAUCGGGCCUGGGGCUGGAUUCCGAGAGCAUAGCUGCAAGCACCGUGUUAAAGCGAGCGGUGGAGCUGGAUUCCGAGUCCCGGUAUCAGCAGGCUCUAGUGUGUUACCAGGAAGGGAUUGAUCUGCUCUUGCAGGUUCUGAGAGGCACCAAAGAUGAUAGAAAGAAAUGUCAUCUCAGAAAAAAAAUUUCAGACUACAUGGAUAGAGCAGAAAACAUCAAGAAAUACUUAGAUCAAGAAAAAGAAGACGGAAAAUAUCACAAGCAAAUUAAAAUAGAGGCGAAUGCAACAGGAUUCAGUUAUGAAUCACUUUUUCAAGAAUACCUUAAUGAGACAGUUACAGAAGUUUGGAUAGAAGAUCCUUAUAUUAGACAUACUCAUCAGCUGUAUAACUUGCUUCGGUUUUGUGAGAUGCUUAUUAAGAGACCAUGUAAAGUAAAAACGAUCCAUCUUCUCACCUCCUUGGAUGAAGGCAAUGGGAAAGAACAGCAAAUUAGUGGCCUACGAGAAAUAAAAGAGUCACUCAGGAAUCAUGGAGUGCUGUUGGAAUUAGAAUACUCUUCUGCCAUACAUGACCGAGAAAUUAGGUUCAACAAUGGAUGGAUAAUUAAGAUUGGAAGGGGACUGGAUUAUUUUAAGAAACCACAGAGUCGUUUCUCCCUUGGAUAUUGUGAUUUCGAUUUAAGACCAUGUCAUGAAACAACAGUGGACAUUUUUCAUAACAAGCACACAAAGAAAAUAUGAUGUGUAGUAGCUUAAUUUAUAUUGUAUAUUUCUAUUUUAAGUGUAUAUUGGAUUUUUUUUACUUUGGACAGAUCAUUCCUGUAAUGUAUGAAUUUAAUAAUAAAAUUGUACAUUUCUACUAA